AUGGCCGCUUACGAGAUCCGCUCCGGCGGCGACGUCAAGAACAAGAAGCAGAGCAUGGCAGACCUCAAGUAUCGCCGUUUGACAGAGCUGAACAGCCGCUUGAAAGAGGACUUGGAUCGCCCUCGCGUCAAGGUGUCUGAAGCUGCUCUCUCGCUCAUCAACUAUUGCAACAAUACUCGUGACUUCAUGGUCCCUUCUGUCUGGGGUCAAGUUGACAAGAGGGAAGAUCCCUACGCUCCUCAGCAGUCUGGUGGCUGCUGUACUGUAAUGUAA